AUGAGGAUAAGCUUGAGAGACUUCUUGGACAUCCAGCCCACCAGCGAACUCUCCUCCACCGUUUUCUCCACCGAAACAGCCCUGUCACCGAAUCACCUUCAGCGGCCCUCACGACUUCAACCCAGCGUCCACCGAACUCCACCCAUCUUCCUUCUUGCUGCCACGUUGUGUCUUCUUCCCACGCCGGUCAGCAAACCAGCAGCUGAAGACUACCGAAGAUUGACCGAGGCUGCCCUUCGUUCGCGCGUCUCCACCGACCGGCCCGCAUCCCACGAAGCAGCAGCCAGCUCGUCCUCUCCUCCAUCGUGCGUCUUCAACGGUCAACUCUCAGCUCCAUUUCCGCGUGGUCUUCCCCAGCUCGACGCCAGCGAGCUGCUUCCUUCGUCCGCGUGUCUACGGCCCAGCGAAUUCAUCCCCGAAGCCCAGCGUCCAAGCCUCCUCCUUUGGGCCACCGAAUCCGCCGAGCCAGCAGCCUAUCUUCAUCUUCAGCUCGGCCCAAAUCUACAGCUUUCAAGCCCAGCGAAUUUCAGUCUAGCUGGGCCCAAAAGUCCAGCGGUUCAGCCACUUGAAGCCCAGCCCAGUUCAGUGUUUCCAGCAGCAGCCCACAUCUCAGCUUGUAAGUUGGGCUUAGCAGCCCGCAAGCCAAGCCCACGGUUCAGCCCAUUGGAAUUCAGCCCAACUUCAAUCCAUCUCCAGCAGAGUUUUAGCCCGCGAAGCAAGCCCAGCCCGACUCAGCAACAAAUCUCAGUUGGAUCGAGAUUUGUUGGGCCAAGUUUAGGCCUGGCCCGAGAGUUCGUCAAUGCCGUCGAAAAUUCAGAUUUCGGCUGCCGUCGUACAGUGAUCCGGUCUCCGCUUUUAAUUAAGUGCCUAUUGAAUUAUGCAUCCCCUUGGGAGAAAUACAGCAAGAAGUCCAUCUGUGCUUAGAAGAAUUAUGCUUAAAGCUCCAGAUGGUCCGUACAUACAUCACAGAUGACAAACGCCUUGAAUCAGCUUGCUCUCGUCAAAAGUUGAAAAUCAAAUGCUCCAAGCAAGACUGUGUUGGUACUUGUGGUAAGUACUCUCGGAAAAAUAAACAUUACAAGAAGUUUUGGAUAAACAAAUCCAAACAUGGUUCCAAGCAUU